AUGCAUAUUCCAUCUUCUAAGCCACCUCAGGCUACUCAACAACGAUAUGUUUCUCACAAUACCAAAGGUAAUAAGUAUCAACAACAAUUUCCUCCCUUAACUAAAUCGUCUAAUCCUUAUUCAAAGUUUCGAGGGGAUAGAUGUAACAAGUGCAACAAAACUGGCCAUACUUCUAGUGAUUGUCGCAAGUUUCAUGCUUAUAUUAAUGAAACUCCAGAAGAAACACAAGAAAAAGAUGCACUAGGAGACGAUGAAUUUACUUAUUUACAAGAACAUGAAUCUUAUAAUGCAUAUUUUCUUGGGGUAAUUCGACCAGUGUUAAUCACGGAAUCAUGUCUUACACAAAGUCAUCAUAUUUUCAAGUUUCAUUGUCUCAUUGAGGAGAAGCUUUGCAACAUGAUCAUUGACAGUGGAAAUUUUUCUUUGUGUGAUGUUAUUAAAAUGAAUGUAGCAAGAUUAUUGUUGGGAAGACGAUGGCAAUAUGACAUUCGUUCUGUUCAUAACUUCUAUGAGAAUACUUAUACCUUUGUUCAUGAAGGAUUUACUAAAGUUUUGUAUCCUUUACAAACUUCUACUUCACUCAAAGAACCAGAAGACAAGAAGAUCAAUACGUUGGUUGCUACCAUUGUUCAUUCUUUAAAGAAAAAUAAUUAUCUGAGUUCUCAUGAAGUUUCUAUACCAAUGGUGGAGAUUCCAGAUAAGGUACAAACAUUACUUUCUUCUUUUGCUGACUUAUUUCCUGCUGAGUUACCAAAUACUUUACCUCCAAUGAGAGAUUUACAGCAUCAGAUAGACUUUAUACCUAGAACAUCUAUUCCUAAUCAACCUCAUUAUAGGUUAAGUCCUAAAGAGCAUGAAUUUUACAAGGUCAGGUCUCCUAUACCAAGAAUCGAUGACAUGAUUGAUAUGCUUUCUGGUGCUAAAGUCUUUACCAAGAAUCGGGAAGGUUUAUAUGAAUGGUUAGUAAUGCCUUUUGUUUUAUCUAAUGCUCCUAAUACUUUUAUGCGUCUCAUGAACCAAGUGUUACAACCUUUUCUUGGAAAAUUUGUCAUUGUUUAUUUUGAUGACAUCUUAAUCUUUAGCAACAAUGAGGAAGAACAUCUUACACAUUUAUCUCAAAUUUGUAAGGCACUCCAAGACAAUGUUUUGUAUGUGAACUUAAAGAAGUGCACAUUCUUUACAAACAGACUCACUUUCUUAGGCUAUGUUGUGUCAGAUACUGGUAUUUGUGUGGAUGAUUCUAUGACUAAAGCAAUCAUUGAUUGGCCUACUCCAACAUCUAUACGUGAAGUGCGCAGUUUUUAUGGUUUAGCCUCCUUCUAUAGAAGAUUUGUGAGGAAUUUUAGCACUAUUGCAGCUGGUUUGACAGAUUGUUUAAAGCGUGAUAUUUUUGAGUGGACUGAAGAAGCAGAUAAAAUCUUUCACCUGCUCAAAGAAAAGUUGUGUAGUGCUCCUGUUCUUGCCAUCCCAAAUUUUGAUAAACUUUUUGAGACCCACUAUGAUGCUUCUAUUGUUGGUAUAGGUGAUGUUUUAUCUCAAGAAGGACAUCCAGUUGCAUUCUAUAGUGAAAAGAAUUCAGAUACAAGGAAGAAGUGGUAUACUUAUGAGUUAGAAUUAAUUUCUCUUGUUCAAGCUCUUAAGAAUUGGCAUCCUUAUCUUAUUUACAGUGAGUUUGUUGUCAAUACUGAUAAUCAGGCUCUUAAGUUUUUGAAAACUUCAGCUAAGGUUUCUGAUGCUUUGAGUAGAAGAGCUCAUCUUCUUGUUACUCUCAAACAUGAAAGUUUGGCCUUUGAUUUCUUAAAAGAUCUGUAUAGUGAAGACAAAGAUUUUCAGCAACUCUGGGACAAUGGCCUUGGUGGGCAUUUUGGACGUGAAAAAACCAUAGCUUUGGUUGAAGAACGUUAUUUCUUGCCUUCUCUUAAACGGGACAUUCAAAGGUACAUACAAAAAUGCAUGGUUUCCCAACAGUCUAAAGGGAAUAUUCAAAACACAUGCUUGUACACUCCCCUUCCAAUUCAUGAUGCUCCUUGGGUAGAUAUUAGUAUGGAUUUUGUGCUUGGUUUACCACGUACUAAAAGGGGGAAUGAUUCUAUUAUGGUAGUUGUUGAUUGUUACUCAAAAAUGGAUCACUUCAUAGCAUGCAAGAAAAUAACAGAUGCCUCCAAUGUUGUUUAUUUAUUUUUCAAAGAAGUAGUACGUUUGCAUGGAAUUCCCAAGACGAUUACUUCUGAUCGUGACACUAAGUUUUUGGGAUACUUUUGGAAGUCCUUAUGGAUGCGUUUUGGAACUAAACUUCAGUAUAGUACAACUACUCACCCUCAAACAGAUGGUCAAGCUGAAGUAGUCAAUCGAUCUUUAGGAAAUCUGAUUAGAGCUAAGGUUAUUGGAGGAAAACAGAAGCAAUGGGAUAAUCUCCUUCCAAAUAUGGAGUUUGCUUAUAACACUUCAGUCAAUCGAUCCACAGGUAAGACACCUUUUGAGAUUGUUUAUUCUAAAGUUCCUAAUCAUAUUUUGGAUUUGGUAGUGCUUCCAAAGCUGCGUAAAUCUAAUGUUAAGGAAGAUAACUUUAUUGAGAAAGAUUCAUUCACUCAUCAAGAAUUAAAGUAA